AUACAGGACACAUCACACAGAUUGAAUAGCAUGAAGCUCUCACCCGCACUUGCCCUUCUCGGUUCUGCCGCUGCACUUGCCGCACCCAAUACAUUACGCAGGCAGUCACCUACCGACGGCGUCGAGAACGGCUCUUUUGAAUCCGGUACCACAGGCUGGACACUUACUGGCCCAGCGAGUAUUGUCUCUAAUGAGGACGCCAACCAAUGGCGCUUCAGCGCACCCGAAGGCACCCACUUUGCCAUUCUCAGCUGGUCCAACAGUAACAACACCGGGAGUUCAAUCGCAACGCCCGUCUCAGGCUUUUCGCACGUCGCACCUCAGUCGUUGAGCUUUGACUGGAGAUAUCUCGUCAGCUCGACCGGACGCGGACCACCUUCCAUUCAAUGCACGCUCCAAACGAGCUUAUACAGUGGUAUGACGGUGCAGAGCUGGACGAGGCGUGCAGCCGCCGGUGGAUCGGGUUCUGUGCAGGAGACGUUCACCACUGGAUCCUCUGGAGGCACUGUUACGAUUGCCUUCGAGUGCGCUGGUAACGCGGCGAGCGCGGAGGUAAAUGCUGGGGUGGCGAUUGACAAUGUGAAAUGGGCUGGUACAUUAGCUUGAAGAAGUGGCCGCAGUGUUGUGUGGCGCAGUGUGAGGUAUGGUUAUGACCAAGCGUAUAAUCAGACUAGUCUGCGAAGCCCCGAAUCCAGCAAUGCUUAGAUAGCAUUACCACGAUACUCCGAUCCAUGAUAGCCUCAAUCGAAAUAACAUAGCUAG